AUGGGUUAUCAAGAGCAGGGAAGUACGAACCAAUCAAGGCCUCCUCGACAGCCUUGUAAACAAUGUGGAAGGAAUCAUCUAGGUGCAUGUAGGUUUGGGAUAGAUAUUUGUUUUUGGUGUGGUACACCGGGUCAUAUGAUGAGAAAUUGCCCUCAUAAGGGUGUGGGUGGUGUGGCACAACCUACCAUAUCAGUUGCUGCAUCAUCAUCAUCAGCAUCUUCUUUGGGUAGGGGACAGAUGCCUACUGGUCGUGGUAGAGGAAUUAGGGGAUCAGCUAGUUCUAGUGGAGUUCAAAAUCGCAUAUAUGCUCUAGGGGCUCGACAAAAUUUAGAGGCCUCGUCGGAUGUGGUUACAGGUACAUUGUUCAUCUUUUCACAUAUUGUAUAUGCAUUAAUUGAUCUUGGGUCUAAACUAUCAUAUGUUACUCCAUUGAUUGCUGAAAAGUUCAAAAGAACACCAAAAUUGUUAGUGAAGCCAUUUGAAGUAUCUACACCGAUGUGUGAGUCUAUUAUAGCUAGAAGGGUUUAUCGUAAUUGCAUUGUAACUGUUUGUGAUCAUGAUACAUUGGCUGAUUUUGUUGAGUUAGAAAUGGUAGAUUUUGAUGUUAUAAUGGGUAUGUAUUGGUUAGCUUCUUGUUAUGCCACGGUAGAUUGCCGAACUAAGAUAGUGCAUUUCCAGUUUCCAAAAGAGGCAAUCCUCGAAUGGAAAGGUAAUAUUGGGGCGCCAAGAGGUAAAUUUAUUUCUUAUCUUAAGGCAAAGAAGAUGGUGUCCAAAGGAUACAUAUGUCAUCUGGUCAGAGUGAAAAAUAUAGAUGCAGAGCCGCCAACUCUUCAAUCCAUUUCGGUGGUAAAUGAAUUUUCCGAUGUAUUUCCUGGAGAUCUUCCGGGUUUGCCCCCAGAACGAGAAGUAGAGUUUGGUCAUAUUGUAUCCGAUGAAGGAAUAAGGAUUGAUAACCAGAAGAUAGAAGCCGUGAAAGACUGGCCAAGACCUACAACGCCUACGGAGAUCCGUAGUUUUCUUGGAUUGGCAGGUUAUUAUAGAAGUUUUGUUGAAGGAUUCUCUUCCAUUGCUUCACCCUUAACAAAGCUAACGUACAAAGAAACUAAGUUUCAAUGGAGUGAUGCAUGUGAAAGAAGCUUCCAAGAGCUGAAGAAUAAAUUAACUUCUACACCUCAUGGUAAAGUAAUAGCUAAUGGCUCAAGGCAGCUACGACCACAUGAGAAAAAUUAUCCAACCCAUGAUCUAGAGCAAGCAGCAGUUGUGUUUGCUUUGAAGAUAUGGCACCACUACUUGUAUGGAGUUCAUAUUGACAUAUACACUAAUCACAAGAGUUUGCAAUAUAUCUUUAAGCAAAGGGACCUAAAUCUGAGGCAGCGAAGAUGGCUGGAGCUAUUAAAAGAUUAUGGCAUUGAUAACUUGUAUCAUCUCGGGAAAGCAAAUGUAGUAGCUGAUACAUUAAGUCGUAAAAUAAUGGCAAGCACUUAUGGGAAGUCUGUGGAAAGACAAGGAAUAACUAAGGAUCUAUGUCAACUAGCUAGCUUGGGGGUUCGCCUUUUUGAAUCUCCAGACGAAGGGGUUAUUGUGCAAUGCGGCAGAAUCCUGAUUAGUAGUGGAAGUGAAAGAGAAGCAGUACAUUGA